AUAGGUGUGACAUGGGUGUAUCUGGGUGCACCCACAAUCGCUCGCGCGGCUGCGUUCUUUUGUUGUACAUGUGUAAGAUGAGCAAGCAUUUUAGCAUUUUUCAUUUACUGUUGUCUUUUAGCCAAAAUUCUUUGUAUCUACCUUUCCUACGUAUCUUAAUAUGGUCAAUUUAAAUUUGGUUAUUUGAACACUGAUUCCCCUGUGCUGGUUAAUGACAGCACUAAAGCUCUUUCUUUCAAAUUUUCAGAUGAAAAAUGGGUAAUGACUGGGAAGGUACACAAAAAAACAUCUAGCCAAAUCAUUAUGGUCACUACACUGAUUGUGAACGAAGUCUGGGAUUUGAAGUUCAAAACUUUGUCAGAAGAAUCAGCUGGAAAAAAGCCAUAUUUGACGUUAAAAAAACAAAAUGUCUUAACCCCUUUUCUUUUAUGCAAGAGAUUUUUAUUCAAUGAUAUAAUGGAUAAGGCAGUAGUGUUUCAUCAUUUUGAGCUCAACCACUAUUUCAGGGCACUUUGGAUAAUGAGUCAGUAAGUAUAGUAAGAUGUAUACAAAUCUGUUACUGCCUUUUGAAACCCCACUUGCAAGUCACUAUCAAUUAAUGACCAUUAUUUUUUCUAAAACUAUAAGCAGGAAAUAUGACUUACCUUGAGACUUUGUAAGCUGCUGAACAGAGAAGGGAAAGCCAAUACUUACUGGUAAGCUUUAUUUCUAAGCGACUAUUUUUAAACAAUAGAUUUGUACAUCAUUCAUUCUACUCAGUUUAUGGAUAGCAUGGGUAAUUUAAGAACAAAAGCCUGAACAAGCAAAUUAAGAGUUGAACUAUGCUCUAAUAUUCAUUUGCUUACAAAUGAAUAUUGCAGGACAAAGUUUCUUUUAAUUAUUGCUUGAGACAAAUUAUAUAAAUUCAUGAACCAGCUUACAUAAUUGCUUCAAAUGUGUCCUGAACAUUCAUGCAUAGAAUCUUUUGAGCUGUUGUUACUUGCCCGCAGUCUUCCAAUCUUUCUGGCAUGUGGAAGCCGUUGAUCUUGGUUGAGUGUACCGUCCUCAUGGCAACAGAAUUGCCUCAGGGUCCUCCAUUAAAGCCAGAGGAAGUAUGGAAAUCUUUGGAUAAUCCCAGGAACAGAGAUCUAGUAAAUAAAACUUUGGAACAAUCUGUUAUACCAGUUUUUCUCAAUAUCGUAUGCUCCAGAUGGAUUGGGAUUACAACUACCAAAUUCUCAUUCUUAAAGGCGCAAUGGUUUGGGGUGUUUGAGAACUCCAGGACAUCUGGAAUAAGGUUGGUUGAUAAACAUUGGAAUCAUAAAUGUCAUAUAGUUUUUCGGAACUUUUAUGGAACUUACUUUUCUGAGAGAGAGUUUACACUUGGAAAGUUCCCAAAUACCUUCCCAGUGAACAAUGACAAAUCAAAUCCAGUUUCUUUUUACAUGGAACCGGUUGCUUCUGCAUUUACAGAUAAUGAAGAAAAGAAAAACCCCUUUGGAAACUAUCUCAGAAGCUGAAAAAGAUGGAUCAAGAUACAUUGUUUUCCUUAUAAAUCAUGCCCACAUUACGUGUUCAAUCUGGAUCAGUUCCUGUUCUGAAUUUGGUUCAUAUUCAGAGCUAUGAUACAUUAUUUCACGAAUGAAAUUCAUUUAGAACCCCUACAUAAAUGGGUUUUGCAUGAGUAACAAAUUGUUUUAAUAUUAUAUUGUUGAACUCAUAUUAUUCUGGAACUGUAGAUUCACUAAAUCAUAUUUGCUUAAAACCUGACAGUUUUCCUUUUACGUUCAACAAUGUAGUGGAGAAUAUUGAUUACAGAAUGAGGGAUUGUGUGACAAAAAAAGGAUCCAAUAAUAUCAGGAGCACCUCAAAAUUAAUGUUCUGCAAUGUCCCUGCAGUCAAAUACAAUAAUGUCCCAGUAACCAUGACUGUUGUUGGUGUACUUAUGUUGCAUGUUUUCCAAGACACUAGGAAAGUUUCAGGAAUGUAUAAAGGACCAUACAGGACUUAGGUUCCACAAUCUAUAUUGAUGUAUUCAUCUCCAUCUUUUCCUCCAUUUUAGCUUUAUUAAUGGGAUGGGUAGAAUAUCUCUAAUUGGAAGUAAGUUCAUUUCGAACCAGCCUGAGCUAUCCCGGGCCUGGGAUGGAAUUUUCUAUGAAAUUUAUAGCCCACCAAUGUAGUUUAAACCUACAUCGCUAAUUAUAUUGUAGCAUUGUCACUCCAGAGUGAAAGGAGCAGAAGGACAAUCAAUAAAAUAAAACUGAGAGUAUGUCUAGUGUGAGCAUGAAAUAGUUUUUAAGUUUCAAAUAUUAGAACUUCUCUUAUAUUAAUUAAAACAGAAGUUCCAGAAGUUCAAAGUAAAGAGAAGAAAAAGGAAGAUAAAUUAGCAGUCAUGGUUUAUGACACCCAUUUUUAAUCUUUCUAAAACUCUUGUUUAUUAUACUCUUCCUUUCUUCCCUAUUUUUAUAGGUGGCUGCUUAAGCAUGCACAAUUAUUCAGAAGCAGCUAGAAAAAAGUGUUGAUAAAUCAUUCUCCAACAAUUUUCUUUCAUGUCAGAUGCUGGGUGCAUACAGAUAGAUAUCUGAAACCUGCUCUGUGUUCACAAUCUUGCAUUUGCUUAAAGAAAAACAGAAAGAAAUUCAAAUUAUACCCAUGUAUACCUAUUGAGACUCUCAGGAAAACAGUUUUUAUAACAAUGUAUAAAAUUGCUAAAUGAAUUGAUUUUAGGUUUUUUUUAACCAUAUACAUUUGCGCACAAUUAUUUGGUUCCCUUACAAUUCCGAUUCCUUUCAAAAUUAAGUAUGCCAUGAAAUAUCAACAUCAAAUAUCUGUAACCAAAUUUUGUAGUUGGUCAUGCUUCAAAAUGAUAUAACGAUGGAAUAUUAAAAACAGCGUGAUUUGGUUCAGCGGUCACAAACAUACAAAAACUUUGAAUUCCAUGUCAAUUUUUCAGUACAAAAUGGGCAUGUUUGUGUGUAGAUAUGUUUUACCACUUCAAGGGUAGAUUAUAUUUUUUAGAAAUGUCAAUUCAAAAUAAACAAAACAAAACAUUUUUAUUACUAGUUUUAUUACUAGUAGUUUGAUUAUUAUUGUACAUUUAUGAUUCAGGCUUUUGUAGUUGGUCAUGCUUCAAAAUGAUAUAACGAUGGAAUAUUAAAAACAGCGUGAUUUGGUUCAGCGGUCACAAACAUACAAAAACUUUGAAUUCCAUGUCAAUUUUUCAAUACAAAAUGGGUAUUUUUGUGUGUAGAUAUGUUUUACCACUUCAAGGGUAGAUUAUAUUUUUUAGAAAUGUCAAUUCAAAAUAAACAAAACAAAACAUUUUUACUACUAGUUUUAUUACUAGUAGUUUGAUUAUUAUUGUACAUUUAUGAUUCAGGCUGGCAAAGAUCAAGGCACUAAAACUCAAAAAUGAAUUUGUUAAGGAAUAGUGGGAAGCAUUCCUCAUAAUGGCCAUGCUCUGGCAGAAGAGUUUUUAUACUUCUUAGUCCUGGCUCCAUCCAGUCUUAUUCUAAUAAAGAAUGGACAAUGUUUACAACAGUCUUUACUCCAGUCUUACUCCCAUGCCUAAAAAGUCUCGUCCCAUGCAUUACAAAUCUAGAAAAUUAUCCCAUGCAUAAAAAGUCUUUCUCCCCCAAAGAAAAGAAGAAGAAAAAAGAAAAGAAGAAAAGAAGAAAAGAAACCAUCAUCACCGUAUAGUCCCAGAGUUCAUGGAUUCAGGGGAGGACCAACAAUUGAGUAACCAUAAUGCCAUGGACUACAUUGAUGGCAACCAAUGACUAGAAGGAAGGGCAUACACUGUACCUAUUGGACCAUUAACAGAUAUGUGCAAUGGAACGAAAUGCAGCAAAUGAAACAUCAUUGUUUGUGCCAGCACAAGUGGGAAAACACUUACUUUUGAUGUGAGGCAGAAAAAAACUGGAGAUGGCUUUUCCAAUAGACUGGAGAGAUUAUAGGAUUCCUGCAGUUUUUCUGGCAAGAUUAUCAGUAGUAGUUUGCAGUGAUUGACCAAAGUCACACAACUGGUUUUGUGCCUAGCUCACAGCCUAGCCUAGGGCCCUUAACCUCUAUACCAAAUUGGCUUUGCUCUCAUUCCCCUUAUUUACAGUCAUCCAAGGGCAGCUUCAAACUAUAUAAAAUCUGUUAGCAUUUUGGAUUUGAAACAAAGGCAAUAGAGGAGUGUUUCUCAACCUUGGCAACUUGAAGAUGUCCGGACUUCAAUUCCCAGAAUUCCCCAGCUAGCGAAUGCCGGGCAUCUUCAAGUUGCCAAGUUUGAGAAACACUGCAAUAGAGACAGUUUAUUGAAUGGUAACAGGGACAGCAAGUUUUAUUCUAGAAUAUUUUCUAUACCCCUAAAUAUAAGUGGAUAGUACUUAAAUUCAGUAUUGCAGAAAGAUUCAUAAAAAUAAGUCACUUG